AUGGCCAGUGAUAGGUACACAAGUAGCGCAUCCCAUGCUGACUCUGAUAAAAGUUCUUCAAAUAAGCGGUCACAUACCUACAAGACUCCAGUGUCUGUAACUGCUUCUCCUCAACUUCAAAAACAAGGGAUAAGUAAAAAACCAAGCAUACUAAAUCGGUCAGCAUCAGCAGAACGUGGUGCCAUGACCCCGUUUCCCUGGCUGGCUGGUUCUGGUGGCAGCGGAAACAACCAGGUAAUGCCUUCGCAACCAAUUGUCCAAGACCCAUCAAUGCCACUGCUGACACCACCUAACCCCACCACCCAGUUAGAAGAGGCCAAGAGGCGGUUGGAGAACAAUGAGGGGAAGAGACGACCUGAGGAACAGCAGGCACGACCCUUACCUGUCAAAUCAAAGUCUUUCAUAGGAGUGCCUUGCAGGGAGAAAAGGGUGUCAUCAUCCCAAGCUGGUGCUGGUGCUGCUGCAUGUCAGAUGCGGACAUUACCAACCACAAAAACUGUUCCCUCAGACUUGGACCUAUCUGGGGAAAAUAUGGGACAUUCAGAAGGCCGAAAAUCAUCCAAGAGGCCUUCAGGUAGUUCGACUGUGCCGGCAACCCCAGGGGGACCAGAGGAGACUGUGAUAGGGUAUUUUUUCUGCGGAGAACCCAUCCCAUACAGGCAUACACUGCCAGGCAAAGUGGUCACAUUGGCCCAAUUCAAAAAGCUCAUCACCAGGAUUGGAAGUUACAGACUUCUUUGCACCCCCCCUCUCUCUCUCUCUCUCUGGAAAGUAGGAACGGAUCACAACUACACAGACAAGCAGAAUAAGUGGCCCACCAUGAGCUUACCUUAA